UUUCAAGGUUUUUUUAUCUGUUGUGUGUCGUUGAGAUGUAGUGAAAAAUUGUUGGAGCACGCAAAGAAUUUGUUGUUUGGUUCACACUCUCUGCGAGGUGUCUCCACUGCAAGUCAGCAAAGUCAGUCUGUGGUCAGUAGCUGUCGGUUGUGUUUGAUGACAAAUUCGAGACACUUUUGCCCCGUCGUAUAAAUUGAGUGAAUCGGAGAUUAUUUGAUUAUUUGCGAUGUAUUUAUAUUUAUUUAUUUUUUGUCUUUAUUGAAACGACGGGGAAAUUCAGAGCGCAUAAAAACGACGAUGGCGGUACACAUUUUGUUUUUACGAGUGCUUUUUUAAAACUAAUUAAUAAUUAAUAAUACAAUAAAAAUAACUACACGGAAGCAGCUAAAUUCAGUUGCGCUGAUAAAUUUACACAAUAAGCCAAUAAACUCUCAUUUUCUACUUGCAUAAUUUCCGACGAAUAUCAGAUCGUUGAUAGAACGCAUACAAAAUGAAAGAUAUAAAAAAUAUUGGCUAAAAAAACCUCCCGCAAGCAAGCAGGUAACGUGAAUACGAGGAGUGGUGACAUACAAGAGUGACAAGAAAACAAAAACAAAAGAGUCGUACAUAUUUCGCAGAUGUUUGUCGGUAUUUAUUUAUUUACCAAUUUCAACGUUUGCCAACAUUGACUUUUGUGAAUCGCAUGGAUUGCUAAACGAUCAUUUCAAAGUUCAGUGCGACACAAGCAGGUUGUUGAGUCGAAACAAAAGUGAACAAAUUUAUAACAGAAAAUAAAUCAGAAAACCAAAGUUGUAAAUACCUACUUGUUAAAAAUAUGACUGAAAUACAAAAUUUAUAUAAGUCGCAGUGGCUGCUCAACUCACUGCUACUCUUUACUUUGUGCUUUGCUUCCUCAACCUUGGCGGAUUUGGAAACGGCCACAAUAAGCCAUUACAGCGAACCACGCCAACAAACUGAAAGUAAUGCUUUGAAAGGAAAAUUAGUAUUCGCCCAUGUGCUUUACCGCCACGGCGACCGUACACCGAUUGAACCAUACCCUACGGAUCCAUGGAAAAAGCGCGAGUUUUGGCCCGUCGGUUGGGGUGAGCUGACGAAUUUGGGAAAAAAACAACACUACGAGUUGGGUAAAUGGUUACGUCAACGCUAUCAUUCCCUUUUGAAUCUAACCUAUUCCGAAGAUGAAAUUUACGUACGCUCAACAGAUAUCGAUCGCACACUGGCAAGCGCUAUGUCCAAUUUGGCAGGCUUGUACCCACCGGUUGGCAAUGAAAUUUGGAAUAAAGACAUAGCUUGGCAACCGAUACCGGUACACACAAUUCCAGAGAGACUCGAUAAGGAAUUGGCUGGCAAAGCACCUUGUGCCGCAUACGACUAUGCGCGCUCAGCUGUUUUAAAUUCACUUGAAUUUCAGAAGCUGAAUGAACGUUUCCAAUACUUGUACGAUUACUUGACCAAGUAUUCGGGCCACAAAGUGGACACACUGGAAGCUGUGCAACGCAUAAAUAACACAUUUUUCAUCGAAACGCUUUACAAUCGCACUCUACCCGAAUGGACCAAGAAGGUGUAUCCCAGCGCUGAUAUGACCUACAUUGCUGAUUUCGCAUUCUCUAUAACCACAUACACGCGUCACAUGGCGCGCUUGAAGGCUGGUCCGUUGAUCAAAGAGAUGCUACAUCGUUUUGCUGAUAAGACGCGCGGGUCACUGAAACCCGACCGCUCUGUGUGGAUUUACAGCGCACACGACACAACUGUGGCGAAUGUUUUGAACGCACUCAACUUGUACAAUAUGAAAAGUCCCGGCUACACAGCGUGUUUACUAUUCGAAUUACGGCUUGACGAGCACAAUAAACCAUUUGUUUCGAUAUUCUACAAAAACACCACUACAGAAGCAACCUUGCUUAGCAUACCGAAGUGUGGUGUUGCCUGUCCGCUGGAGCAAUUAUUUGAGAUAUACCAAGACAUUUUGCCUGCGAAUUGGGAGCAGGAAUGCAAGUUGAGCACAAUGAUGAUGGCAUACGAUGACGCUAAUAUUGGCUUGGCCAUGGCUAUUCUUGGAACAAUAAUCUGCAUAAUGCUGUUGCUCUCCACCAUAUUCUUGAUGUACUCUCGUCGUCGCCGCUACAGCUAUUCUGCGUUCACGCAAAGGGCCUAAUUAUUGGCAAUUGAUUUAGCCCUUUAAUUUUCCAACAAAUUCCAAUGGUGAUGAGCACAAAUUUAAAUGUUCCUCUAAAUAUCAGUAACCCUAAUAUUAUGCAUUUAUCAUUUUAAUAAUUGACAAAUUUGAUAUUUAGAAAUUGAAUUACAUUUUUAGUGUGUGUGUAUGUGCGUAUGCAAGUUUAUUAAUUGUGAUUCACGUUUCUAGCUGAUAAUUUCGCUCUAAUAACAAAUUAGCAUAUUUUAUAAUAAAUACAUACAUACAUAUAUGUAUAAUACUUAGAUAUACAUUCAAACAUUUACAUACUUAAAAAUUGUGUGCCAGUCAUGGGUCUGUUCGUCAACAUGAAAAUUUUUGAUCAUUUCACAAUUUGCCCAGCUCGAAAACUUGCAAGAGCAAAUAACGUUUUUUAACUAAAUUUUAGUUUGCGCUGUGCAGUUGACCUUUGACUCGACCUUUGGUUAUCGAAAGUUGUUAGCUUAUUUUUUUUUGUUUCAUUACUAGCGUCCAAAUGUCUAUGAAUAAAAAAAAUUAUGGCCAUGAAAAACACCAAACCCUUUAAAAACUCACAGGUCAGUGAUAUUUUUCCUUUGAUGAUGUAUGGUCUGUUUUCUAGUGGUGAAUGAUCGGGAUUCGAAUGAAAAUUUUGCGAUAGAAGUCUGCAAGGCGGAAUCUAUACAAAGUGGUCGCAUUGGAGCAACAACAACAUUUUUGAAAUUAGAAAUGUCAAAAGAAAGGUAAUAGAAGAAUGGAAUGAAUGACGAAUAGAUAAAACUCCUUCAUAAAGAAAUGAUUCAUUACCAGGCACUCAGAAAAAUGGCAUAUGCAAAUUCAAAUAUGUAAAUAUAAAUUUUCUUUCUCUGAAAUUACUUUCCCGGGCAUUCACAAUACAACAAAAACGUUCCAUCCUUUCGCUUUACUGGCAUUUCUAAAUUAAAGACGAAUUGAAUACUGGAUUUUGAUAAACCUGACGUUGUUGUUGUUGUAGUAGAAACUUUGCCCAGCCAAUGUAGUGUAAUCACCGGUCGUCUUCGUCUAGCUCAUCUAACGGUAGACCCAGGAAUCUUGCCGUUUCGACAGAGGCCUGAGGUCAGCACACUUUCCAAUACAAAACAAACAAAAGGAGGGGAAAUUACAUGUUUGCGAAAAUUCAGUGAAUGGCUUGGUACUAUAUUGAUUUGUUACUCUUAAACUAAGCAAACUAAUGAAAACGAAAUGCCGCGUACUAAAUUGUGAAAGUAAAAAUUAAUACGAGUAUAAAGCCUCCAAAUGCAGUUUUUUUUUCGUUUUCAUGCGGAAGAUGACGUGGCAAGAAAGUGUGCGCAUAAUUCCUUUUGUUUGGUUGAUGUUGUUGUUAUAGCAGUAAUAGUUGUUUCCCUUGAUUUCGCCUACUCUUCCUUUUCACAAACAAGCAGUUCCCAUUCCUUUUGUUUGUUUAUUCAUAGGCUUUGACGAUGCAGCGAAUUCGGAAGGCGCAACCUGCUAUUCUAUCAUCCUUAAACAAAUAAUCUAAUCACAACACCUUCUAGGUAAGGUACGAUGCACUAGACAGGGUUAGUUUACCGGGGUGGCAGCCUUUGGUCAGGAAAAACCCGAGUCAUUCCGGUAACGUAAGACUGGCUGUCAUGGGAAUGAGGCAAAGACUCUUUUACCACCU